AUGUUCAUCAUACGGCCAUCCACUGACAUCUACAUUGUACUGAUGGCCUUCUAUCUCAACUUCGGAGGUCCUCAUUCGGCUGCGGCAAGCGAGUUUUCGAUGUGGGGUUUCUUGAAUCGUCAUAGAUUCUUUUUCAUCUGGAUACCAUUUCUGUGGAGAUUGUUUCAGAGUUUUAUUCAUUUCCUUCUUUCAUUAGCGAUCAUUCCCGCCCCCUUGAUAUACAACGAGGGCCCUUUGCUCCGAUUCUAUCCCAAAUGGCUGCAAAAUUCCAUUGCGGAACCUAAUGCGUACCGGGAGAUUUUGAGGCCCAGGCUAGAGAGCUUCGGGGGCAUUUCGAUACAGAUCGUGACACCAGAUGGAGUUUUGCUCGAUGCCAUGUACUUUCGUGGAUGGAACUGUAGAAUUGAUGGACCAACAAUAAUCAGGUUCAACGGAAAUGCGGAGGCUAUCGAGCUUCAGGAUCCAUAUCUUCCCCAAGUUUAUGUUCAGAACGGAUUCAACUUUGUCAUGUUCAACUACAGAGGAGUGGGCAGGUCAAAGUGGUCGAGCCUCUACGGAAACGAACUUGCAGGCCACCUUUACGGGCUGUGGCGCACUCCUGCUAUUGUUGGAACACAUUUGGACGCAUGGAGUCUUGUGGAGUACGUGAUGAAGGAGCUGAGAGUGGAUCCGAGUCAUGUCAUUCUUCUUGGGCACUCCAUUGGGGGUGCCAUCGCAACAAAGCUUGCCGCAAACUUCACGACAGGGCCCUUGACGCUAUGCAGCUCGAGGUCGUUCGCUUCAUUAGUGGAAGUUGCUGUGCACUUAUCGCCCAACUACCUUGGAUUCCAUCCUAGUUCUUGGAAGGCAAGAUGGCUCAAAAAGGUUGCCCGUGCCCUUCUGCAUGCUGCUGGAUGGGAGUUCAACAGCGUGUCGAACUGGCACAAGGUCAAAGGCUUCAAGUGGAUUGAGUACAGCGGUUCAGAUCACAUCAUUCCUUACGACUUGUCACUGCAUGCAGCUCUUAUGGCAUCGCCUACCGUGAAGAGAGAGCAGAUGAGAGUGUUAGCCCUGUUAGACGAUGCCAGCGUGGAUAAUCACAAUAGGGUGCUGUAUGACGACGAAUUCCUUCAGCAUUUGCAGUAUGCAAAAGAGGCAUGUGCUCUCUCCACCGUCAGAGAUGAGGUCUAG